AGGCGCGGAGGGUAGCAGCGGCGUAGUUGGGCUGAGUAGAACCCGGCCCCUUUCCCUGGCGGAGGUGACAUCACUGUAGGAGAGGAUCCUAACAGCAAGCUAAUGAAUGUGGACAUAUGUAUCCAUUCGUGGCCCUGUUCCUAUUACUUAAACACUGAGAAACGAUGGGUCUCUGGCAGACUCUCACUGACUCCUAUUGUGGUCAGGUUUACAGCUGACAAGACCGGAGAGCUUCUGGUCAGCUUCCAUCUUUCCAGCAUCAGUGAGAUCAAGAAGGAGUCCUCCAGUUUAAUAUUCAGCUCCCUCACAAUUCUGGAGAAGGAAAACACCAAGCAGUGGUUCAGUUCCCUCCAGCCCAACAGAAAUGUGGUCUUCAACAUCCUGGAGCACUUCUGGAGGGAGCAGCUGCUGUCGUGUCCAGGGGGUGGAGCUCAGGCAGAUUCUGUGCACACAACGAAAGGGAAAGAACUGACUGGUUUACUGUCUGCAUCCCAGAAACGUAUGGAGGAUACAACAAAGGUGCUCCACUAUCAGGGUGAACAGUUUGAUAACAUCAUGAAAGGACUGAACAAGAUUGACUCUGAAAUGGAUGUAACAGACAGGUUGUUGACGGAACUUGAAUCGCCUUCUUGGUGGCCAUUCCGUGGCAAACUCUGGAAAGGGCCAUUGGAAGCAAAGCCAAAGGAAGAAGCCACAAUUUCAGGGUCAAAGAACCAGGAAGGAGUCAUAAUCAGAAUUCCAGUGAUCAUCACCCUCGGAACGAAUUCUAACGUCAUGCCAGGAAAAUUCACACUUCUGGUUUCUUGCCUGGAAAUCAGUGACUCCAAUUCUCAGGUCAUUCACCGGUUUGAAUUGAAAGAUGUAGAUGAUAUCAAAGUUCAUACACCAUACGAGAUCAGCAUCCGUCAGAGGUUUAUUGGGAAGCCAGACACCUCUUACAAGCUGUUGUCAGCAAAGAUGCCAGAAGCAAUCCCAAUCUUGGAGAUGCAGUUUAGCAAGAAAAUACAGUUUUUGGAAGAUGCAUUGGGAUUUGCCGGUGCAAGGAAAUCUCCUCAGGCAGAUCUGGGCAAUUCCAUUUGGCAAGCAGCCACCGGACGCAUAGUAAGCGUGGUGCAACCUGGAUCCUCAUCGGAAGGAGGCGGAGGUGGAGGUGGAGGUGGGCAGGCUCAGCUGCAAAAGCAAAAACAAAUCAUGUCUGAGUCAGAAACUCAAGAACUUAAACAGAUACUGAAGAAGCUUAAGAGCCUCGCCAUAGAAACAGACACAGAACUGGAGAGACAGGACGAAGUUCUUGACGUCAUCUCCACCUCUGUAGACCAGACAACUUUGAAUAUUGACAAGCAGAACCGCAGAAUGAAGAAGCUAACGUAGCACCCAUACGAGCCAGCGAGGAUGGUAACGAGAGGAACUGUGCAAUUGUUU